GCCGCGGCGGCGAGCAUGACGGCGGUGACGCUGGGGACGGAGACGGACGGCUCGAUACUCUGCCCGGCGUCGCUGAACUCGGUGGUGGGGAUCAAGCCCAUGGUGGGGUUGACCAGCCGGGCUGGGGUUAUUCCCACCACACCACGCCAAGCCUCAACCGGCUGGCAUAACAAAGAUAGGCCGAUCUGCCGCACGGUGGCUCAUGCGGUCCACGUGCUGGACGCCAUUGUUGGCUAUGACCCAGUUGACGCUCCAGCCACAAUGGCGGCUUCCAAAUACAUCCCUCCUGGUGGAUACACACAGUUCUUGAAGAAAGAUGGGCUUAGAGGGAAGAGAAUCGGCGUUCCUAAUGGCUUCUUCAACUUCCCAAAUGGUAAUGUGCAGCAGAUGGUCUACACGCAACAUCUCAACACAAUGAGGAAACAAGGUGCAAUCGUUAUUGAGAAGCUUGACAUAGAGAAUUUAAGUGUCCUAUUGGAUUCCCAAAACAAUGGCCAACAGAUUGCAUUACCAGCAGAGUUCAAGUUAAGCCUCAACUCCUAUCUGUCAAACGUAUUACAUUCCCCAGUUCGGUCGCUUGCAGAGAUCAUAGCUUUCAACAAUGCACAUCCUGUUGAGGAAAACAUGAAGGAAAAUGGUCAAACUGUAUUCCUGGUGGCUGAGAACACGACUGGCAUCGGUGCCUUGGAGCGAGCGGCGAUUAGACAGUUAAACAAGUUGUCCGCCAAUGGAUUGAAGAAGUUGAUGAGGGAGCAUGAGCUAGAUGCCAUCAUGACACCUAAUAAUGCAGCAUCUUCGGUGCUAGCCAUCGACGGCAUGCCGGCCAUCACCGUGCCGGCCGGGUAUGGCAAGCAGGGGGUGCCGUUUGGUCUCUGCUUUGGUGGGUUAAGAGGGUACGAGCCAAGGCUGAUCGAGAUGGCAUAUGCCUUCGAGCAGGUCACCAUGGUCAGGAAGCCGCCUACGUUCUUGUCUUCUGCCAAGGAGAAUCCUUCCCUGCACGCGAUCGCUUCAAGUGUAGCCAGAUGUAGGAUGCCUUGUACAACCAGAGCAGAGCUCUCAAGGAAGGCGCCCUGGUCAUCCCUGCACGCGGCCGCUGCAGUAACUCCACUGGCCGAUCGCAAGAGCCCUGCAUCAACAUCAAUCAUGGCUUGGCUGCGAGUGCAGGCUGUUGCCAUCGUCCUAGCUCUGCUAACGGCCGCCGGCGUCACGCACAGCUUCGAGUUCCAUGAGGCCACCGUGGAUGCCAUCCAGCUUGGCUUCCGCAACGGCAGCCUCACCUCGGCCACCCUCGUCCGGUUCUACCUGGACCAGAUCCGCCGCCUCAACCCGCUGCUGCACGCCGUCAUCGAGGUCAACCCGGACGCGCUCCGGCAGGCAGCACGCGCCGACGCCGAGCGCCGUCGCGGCACAGCCACCGGCCCGUUGCAUGGGGUGCCCGUCCUGCUCAAGGACAACAUCGCCACCCGCGACGCUCUCAACACCACGGCCGGCUCGCUGGCGCUCCUCGGCUCCGUGGUGAAGCGCGACGCCGGCGUGGCGGCCAGGCUGCGGCGCGCUGGCGCCGUGGUGCUCGGCAAGGCCAGCCUCUCCGAGUGGGCCAACUUCCGCAACGUCCGCAAUGGGUGGAGUGCGCGCGGCGGGCAGACGCGCAACCCAUAUGUAUUGUCGUCCGACCCGUGCGGGUCGAGCUCUGGGUCAGGUGUGGCCGCGGCGGCGAACAUGGCGGCCGUGACGCUCGGCACCGAGACCGACGGCUCCAUACUCUGCCCGUCGUCGUUCAACUCCGUGGUCGGCAUCAAGCCCACCCUCGGGCUCACUAGCCGCGCCGGCGUCGUCCCCAUCACCCCUAGACAGGACAGCGUUGGGCCGAUGUGUCGGACAGUGUCGGAUGCAGUCCACGUACUGGAUGCCAUCGUCGGCUACGACAAGCUCGAUGCCGCGGCCACUCGAGCAGCAUCCAAGUACAUACCUCACGGCGGAUAUCUGCAGUUCCUGAAGAAGGAUGGGCUGAGAGGGAAGAGGAUCGGCGUCCCCAAUGAAUUAUUUCAACAAGGACUUGGAGAGAAGCAGAUGAGGGUGUACAAACAGCACCUCGCCACAAUGAGGAAACAAGGAGCCAUGGUGAUCGAGAACCUUGACAUCGCCAUCGACAGUCAAGAUAUCGUUUCCAAUGAGUGGACUGCCAUGCUGACGGAGUUCAAGUUGAGCAUAAACGAGUACUUGGCGGACUUGUCCUACUCUCCGGUCCAUUCUCUUGCGGACAUCAUAGCUUUCAACAAAGCGCAUCCUAUAGAGGAGAGGCUAAAAGAUUUCGGGCAACAAAACCUUAUCUUGGCCCAAAAUACAAACGGCAUUGGCCGUCUGGAAAGAGCUCGGAUCCGCUGGCUGAAGGAGCUCUCCGCAAAUGGGCUGGAGAAGCUGAUGAAGGAGCAUCAACUGGACGCGAUCGUUGCACCCGAGCACUAUGCUUCCAACCAUCUCGCCAUUGGCGGCCAACCCGGCAUCAUUGUGCCGGCUGGGUACAACGAGAAGGGUGUCCCUUUUGGCAUAUGCUUUGGUGGGCUGCAGGGAUAUGAGCCGAGGUUGAUCGAGAUGGCCUAUGCUUUCGAGCAGGCUACUAAAGUGAGAAGGCCACCCAUGUUCAAGCCUUAACUAGGACGCGUGGCUUUCUUGAGUAGCGAUAAUGUGUUGCAGUAUGGCCCAAAAAGUCUCCACUUGCACUGUUCUCUCUUGGUGUAAAAGAAUAAAUCCGAAAUGUUACUUCUUGGGCCAACAAGGAUUGUAUGCAAGUGCUACUCCGAAUAAAUCGACUGUUGUUCUAAAGGUGGAGAAUUUCUUUUGUA